GCGAGGCGAGGAGACGCGGCGGCCGACGCGCACAUCGUCCCCGGACACCGCGGGCGCGCUACCGCGAUCGUAGACGCACCAGAAAGGACCACCGCCGCUCGUCCUGCCGUCCUCUCGGUCGGCUCUCGGUCAGGUUUCGCGCGCGAGACCACCAGGGGCACCAGCAGGACCACCUUUUCGAAGGAGCCGCGCCACGGCGAUCGGCCAUUUUGCCAGCCAGCCGCAGAGCGCAGGCCAGCGGGGACCGUGGUCAACCGUGGUGGCCAUCUGACAACCGCACGCCGCCCGCCGUCGCCCGCCGAUCGCCCUGGAGCGUGAGCGUGUUGAGGAGGUGCGUUCCGCUCGUCGCGCAAAAAAAACCACGGCGACGCAACAACGCAGUUUCGUCAGGUGUGCGUCAGCGCUCGCGGAGAUCGCGACCGCGACAGCGACCACCACCCCCGCAUCCGCGCGGCGUUCCGCGGAGCACGGUCGACAGUCGCGGGACCGCGCAACACGCGUCGUCGUCGUCGUAGUCCCGCGAGCGCGCUUGUGUAACCGCCUCGUCGUCGCGUGUGCGUGACGUCUAACCUAUGACUCCGUUCUGAAAGGAGUCGGGAACCACCGCCGUCGCGUCGCCGUCGGGGAUCGUCCUUCUCUUUCUCUCUCUCUCUCGCGCGCGCUCGCCGCGCGGACGGGAUGCGAUCGCGACGACGGCCGACCGAUCCGCCGGGCGUCGACGACGUCCACGAGUGAGAACGCGGGAUUACACGCCGGCGCGUCCGCGCGAGAGGAACCACGCGGACGUCUACGUCUACUCCGUGAAGCGGGGAGAGACCGAGCGACGGUCGACGAUCGAGUCGAGUCGAGGCCGUCGAAGCCAGGAGAUCUCAGACGAUCGCGAUUGUGCAACGCGUUCGGACGACCGAGCUUCACCCAAGCAAUAACGCAGGCCAGGCGUCGAGGAAUAUUCCACCGUUACGGCGGACACUUAUCGAUGAAUAGUCCAAAUAUUUUUGUAAGAUUGUAAGCCUAUUGAGGGAGCGCAGGACCAGCGGGCUACGAUGUUUCGUUAUACCGAUACCGCAUCUAAGGUAUUAAGGAGUUAACUGAGGGAGAGUGUCUCUCGCAACUCCCAACGUGACAGGAGACCUCGCUAUUUCGAGUGCCACACAUGCGAGGAAGGUCUUGGAACAAUCAGCUUAGUGCCAUGUACAGAAACAACCGGAGUAGCCAGCAAGAUUGAUAUCUGUAUAUCUGUCGCUAUACCUGUGAUAUGAGGUAUACCGUGAAUAAGAUUUGACCAGGGAGGAUCUUGGACAUUUUGGUAGUCUGCCCCGUUCAGAAAAUAUGGACGACCGAAGGGUAGCGGAUUAUUUUGUUAUCGCCGGACUACCUGGCCAGGACGACGAGCUCAGCGACGACAAUGAGAGUAACAAUAAGCUGGAGGAUUGGUGUCAGGAGGGCACUCAUCUCAAGGACAUGCAUAUGCCACCUCCCAUCACGGAUCUUGCCGUAAUAAUCCCGGCGCUGGGGGAACACUGUCCGGAGGGGUACACUCUGUUGGAAUAUACCGUGUCUGGUUUUCCGGCGGACUUGAAUCACGGGAGCUUACGAACAAACGAGUGUUACUUGUGCUAUAGAAGAGGACGGGAUAAGCCUCCCUUGGUUGACAUUGGUGUAAUAUAUGAUGGAAAGGAACGUAUAAUGCAGGAUGCUGAAAUGGUAUUGGAGACCCCUAAAGGCCACGUGGCAAAUGUGAAUAAUUCUACUUCGAAAAUUUUUGUAACGUACAGACGGGCGAGUCGGAAGAUGCCUUGCAAUUCCCUUGUGGUUACGGACAUAUGUGUUAUCUUGACAAAUAAGGGAGAGAGCCCGCCGCACGCUUUCUGCGUUAUCAAUAAGAACUUGAACAAGGGGAUGCUCGGCAGCGACGUAUUUUUGUGCUAUAAGAAGUCUAUGAAUCGCGCUAAUUUGGUGUCGUUUAAACCAGCGAUACUCUACAAAUAUCCCAUGGCGGAUUACAACGGUUUCAGCUUUCCUAAUUCUGUCGCCAUGUUUUGUCUACCGAUGGGCGCGACUAUAGAAUGUUGGCCUAAAGUAGCGUGUAAACCUAAGCCGGUAUUCUCGACGUUCGUCCUAACGGUUGCCGAUGCUGCUCAAAAAAUAUACGGUUCAGCAAUAACGUUUUACGAGGAGCUGCAAAUGGAGCCCGAUACUUCGAACUGCAAAAAUAAUCAGGAGAUUAUGGACACGGUUGAAAAUAAUAAAAACAGUGCAGAUAAUAUGGAGAUAACUAAAGAUAAGCCGCAAGUGAAAAUGAAGUUUAAGAGAUCUGGUAUACUCAAGAAGCUUAGUAUAUUGGAGUUGGAAAGGUUGCAGUACACAGAUCCCGCGAGCCAGUCACUGAAUAUUAGCAAAUCUAUAUGUAUAUUGUCUCAUUGGCCGUUUUUCGAUACAUUCGAGAAGUUUUUGGUUUUCCUACACCGGAUGGUGAACGACCAGCCGCAGAGUGUCCCGAUCGAGAAGUAUAUCUCGUAUUUUUUAUGCGACAUACCGUUUCCGAGUCCGCAACGCCCACGAAUCUUGGUACAGCUCAGUAGUCAGGACAGACUGAUCUUGACUCAACCGGAGGAUUUAGCUCUGCCUAGAUCAGGCGCAAGUUUCAGGCAACUACUGAUAAACUUGGGACCUGACAAUUGUUUGUUGAUACUGCUAUUGAUAUUGACCGAGCAGAAAAUACUGGUUCACUCCUUACGUCCGGAUGUAUUGACUUCCGUGAGCGAGGCCAUUGCCAUGAUUCUGUUUCCUUUCAAGUGGCAAUGUCCUUACAUACCGUUGUGUCCUUUAGGAUUAGCAGAGGUAUUGCAUGCGCCAUUGCCAUUCCUGAUCGGUGUGGAUUCAAGGUUCUUUGAUUUAUAUGAUCCUCCUGCUGAUGUCAAUUGUGUGAAUCUGGAUACGAAUAACAUUGCAAUAUGCGACGACAAAAAAUAUUUAAAUGUUAAGUUACUGCCUAAAAAGGCAGCUAGACAGCUCAGAAAUUGGUUGGAGCUCUUGUCCUCCAAGAUAAUUUCGUGGGGAAAAACUAGCUGUUCCCAAAAAGAUAGAGGAGAUGAAGACUUUAGUGUGGACAGGGAAUUUCAACAAAAACGAAAGGAGCAAGCUUUAGAACUUGAAAUACAGGACGCUUUCUUAAGGUUCAUGGCGACGAUUCUCAAGGGAUAUCGAAGCUAUUUGUUACCGAUUACAAAAGCACCUACUGUAGGAACGACAGAUCCGACAAGUUUAUUUAAUAUCCAAGCGUUUUUGAGAAGUCGCGAUAAAGCCCACGCUAAAUUUUACACCAUGCUCGCCAGAACGCAAAUGUUUAUCAGGUUCAUAGAAGAAAGAAGUUUCGUGUCUGACAUGGAUAUGGCGGGGUUAGCAUUUUUCGAUGAAUGCACAGAACGAGUCGAGGAGGAAAAUGUAACUCUUUUGGAACUGGAUGAAUCUCAACAUAGUGAACGUACAGUAUUUAUACCUCCGCCUGAAGCAGGGACAAAUCAAACACCAAUAAUAUACAAGUCGUUCAAGUUGAACCCGGAUCUAAUGAGGCCUCAGAAGAAUUUCUGUUUAAAAAAUCCAUCUCUAAGUGCCUUUGGUAUGGUACCUGGGAGUCCUAUGGCUCGUAGAACGAAGCAUGAAAUCAAAGUUGCUCAAAGGAUGGCUCGAAAACAAGCUGCGAUGCCCGACAGAUGGGGCAGAUGCCUGCUCGUCACAUGUCACAGUCUUUGGUUUCUGCAUUUACCAGCCAUGUUGCAAGUAUCUAGCCAACCUGCUGCAAUUUUGCAUCAGGCUUACGAGAUAUUGGUCAAAAUGCAGAAGUUACAUCUCGAUCCUAUGGAAGAGGUAUGCUACAGAGCUAUGAUGCAACUUUGUGGAGUAUACGGGCAACCAGUUUUAGCUGUAAAGUUACUGUUCCAUAUGAAACGCAGUGGUGUUCAACCUAACGCUUUAACGUACGGAUUUUACAACAAGGCUGUUCUCGAGGCAACUUGGCCUUCUGAUAUGACAAACUCAAGUCAGUUAAUGUGGAACAAAUUACGAAAUGUCAUUGUCGGUGCAGCUUUAUUUAAAAAAGCUGGGAAAAAGAGCGCUAGAAGACGAUUGAGCUCUAAUGUGGAUUUCUUAACCGCCGAUAAGACUGAAUGCAUGGAACACGCGCUCUCUCGGUCUAGUCUCGACAGUUCCCAUUCUCAGGAUACUGAAGCUGCUCACAGUGAUUCCACUAAGGGCAGUUCUGUGUCAGAUCUACCUGGAUUCGGAUCAUUCGAAUUAAAAGCCAAGCUUCUUCGGCAGAAUAGUAUAGUGAAAGAUCAAACAACAUUAAGUAUUUUACAAUCGGACGAAUUGGAACAAACACCAAGUAACCCAAGGCUAACGCGCAGUGUCGAAUCGCCUUUAAAAAGUCCCAUACGCACACCAGUUACGGAAAAUGACCCAUUGGGUGCUCUCAUUAAUGACGAAACACCAAUUGUGUCGCCUUCCGAGGAAAACGAUUCAAAUUGCUCAACAAGUACUUUAACCGUUUUAAAUAAUAUGACUGAAGAAAGACCAGGAGGGCCGCUCUUAUUUAGAAGCAACAUCCUCCCACGUAGUGCGACGUUUCAUCAAGCAGUAGAUGAAAGUGGCAUGACAGUGGGUGGGCAUUUGCAGAGGAGUGAGACGAUGCCUCACUCCGUGGCGCAACAAGGGGAACAGGAGAGAGAAAAAGAGAGACUGGAAAUAAGCAGUCUUUGGUCUCAGAAUAAGGAUAGUGUAACGUCCAGCCUCUCUAGCUUAGGAUCUAGUCUUAAACUUAGUUUCGGACGAUACUCCACGGGUGGAUUGGCAUUUGCUAAAAAUAAGGAUUUAAUAACAUCAAAUCAACUUAUUGAAUCUCUUAGUCUCUCCAGCUAUAUCAGCCCGUCGAGUUUAACAGGAAAAAAGUCGAACGAAAUAAUACUUGGUGGUCUAAAUAGCUUGAAGUCCGCUGCGACAACUGUGGUUAAAAAAUUUGACGAAAUAAAAGAAGCCAUUUCAGCGACGAGUACGCCGGUAAAAAAUAAGGAACGCGAACAAAAAAUAGCUUACGGGAUAUCGCAUGAGUCUCUAGACUCCCUCACUGAUGGAUCCAUACAAGAUCGAAACGAGACAAGGGCAUCAGGUGAUGGAAAUUUAGAUUUGUGUUCAUUAUACGAGCUCGCGGAGUGUCUUUAUCCAAAGGGCACUAGAGAGUUAGAGGAACGUCUUGCCAUUGAGCUUGUGCUUUCCAGUGCUAGUAGAUGCCAUCACUGCGCCGCCAUCCUGUACGAUGAGGAGAUAAUGGGUGGUUGGCAGCCGGAAGAUUCCAACUUGAAUACAGUCUGUCAAUAUUGCGACAAAGCUACUGUACCCCUUCUCACAGCUACGAUAUUAGAUUACAGAUGCGAAGCAAGCGAGAAGAAUAAUGAUCCUUUAAUGGGAGCAUUGGUAGAAUUACUAGAUCAACCGAAAGAAUCGUUGGAACCGAUAACCGUACCGUAUCUAAAUCCGUUGGUUCUGAGAAAAGAAUUGGAGAGCGUGCUGAGUCAAGAGGGGGACGCAUGUCUCACCAAGCACAGGUUUAUUCAGGAGCAUCCAAUAGUAUAUUGGAAUCUGAUAUGGUACUUCGAAAGGAUUAAUUUAACGAGUCAUCUACCUGAUCUCUGGUUGAACAACGAUAAGAACUCAGAACUUCAAAGAACUGUAGGAUCGGUGGGUGUCAGAACCAUGUGGGACAACGAACGACUGCACAUGGAUCGUUUGCCUAUGUAUCUCCAGUGGAAGUCAAAUUCAGAAGACAGGACAUUGAUGCAGGCAGUGAUAACGUAUGUCCGUUGCAACGACUUAGCGGAACCUAUAAUAAGAGUGGCCUUAGAAAGAAGUAAACAUCAAACAGGCGAUCAUCCGUUGUCUAUAUAUAGGGAUAUCUUGUUCCUGGCAUUUACUGUAUUGGGAAGAACGAAUAUCGACCAAGGUGUCUUCGACAGGGAAUACAGUUUAUCGCUGGAGAAAUUCUCCGAGAACGAGGAGAAAUUAUUGCAUAAAAUUGAUGCGCCGCCGACAAUGAUGUCGGUGUAUUGCAGGCAUUACUUCAAGCAAUUAAACGUGUAACAUGCGAACUAACGUUACCUCAUCCUCGUUUCUUCAUAAGACUCCGCUUUACUCGCUGACACCCGUGAUACUUGUCUUUGCUUGCGCAAGAAAACUUAGACGGAUCGUCGGAUUCGGGCACAUAGUUCUCGAACUUCGAUCACGCACGCACGCGAAAACUGACGGGAGUAGCCAUCGGAUCGGUUGCAUCGAUAUCGUUUUAGCGUUGAUUAGUUAAUUGAUUGACUGAAGUUUCUUUCUUUAUCACGGCGACAGAAGCUGUGUGACGUGAAGGAAUGGGGAAAUCAUUAACCAGUCGGAGCUAUCGAUGCUACCGAUCGCGAGAUAAGUCAGUGCAAUAGAAGUUGAACGAUAAUAUUUUUAACUAAUCGUACAUCUCUGAUCUUCGUAUGUUUAUAAUGUAAUUGUUUUUAACAGUUAUUGACUCUUUCCUUUGUUUGUUUUUUUUUUAAUUAAUAAAUCGGGUCGCGCAUGCCUCUGUUUUGUGAUUCAGUAACUUGUGCAGCGCAUUAGCGGUAUCUAAGAGUACAACAUUGAAAAGUGUUAAGUACCAAAGAAUUUACGGACUGUAAAGCGACUGCAAGUUCAAUUCCCUCCAGGUGUGCUGUGACCUUAAAUACGUUUCAGUCCGACACGUAAUAUCCACGAUGUAAAGAAAAAAAAAAGAAGAAAGAAGGCGAUGUUAAACGAAACAGCGCCUAAUACCGACUAUUUUUUUUACCGCGAGAAAGAGCAAAGGAGAGAGAGAGAGAAGGAGAGAAAGAGAAAGCGUGACGUGAAGUAUAGCGUGUGACAUGACGAAACGCAGUAUUCUUUCCUUGUACUCUUAGAUAGAAACGAUCGUUUAUUGCACGACAAAACACACAGCGUAAGUAUCGUUUCUCUGCGUCCCAGGUGAAAAGUGUUCUUCACAUCAGGGUGUGAACGCGUUGAACUCGACUACUUAUCCUCAAACGUAAAUGCUUAGCAUGAGAGUGAAUAUUUUUAUGAAUUUUAGACGAUUCGAAGCAUUCGUAAAUAGAUUAGCGGAAUUUAGAUUCGCUGCCCACGAUUUAUUCAUUGUCGAAAUGGGAUGAAGAGAGAGAGAGAGAGAUUAGUCGUCGCUAAGAGGACUCACGAAACGCGGCCUUUUGGUGCCGUGCACUUUUCACCCUGGACAAACGUGGAUGAACGUACGUUCAUUCAUCACAGUACUAUGAAUGUAGAUUAUGAAAAUAAAGUCAGUUGAGGUAUUUUA